UAUAAAUACUUCAAUUCUCUUCAUAAUCCAUCAACACCAAAAAAACUCUCACUUUCACACCAACAAAAACCUUAUCAACCUUUCAAAUUUCUCGACAGAAUAAACGAAAUGUAUCAAACAGAGUCAUCCUCAUGGGGAGCAAAUUACAUGCCAUCACCAGCGAGAACCAUGACCAUGAACAACGGCGGAGGCCACGGCGGAGACCCGUUUGAGAGAAUAGAGCGGCUGGCAUCAGAAAAUGCAGUGGUGAUUUUUAGUAUAAGUUCAUGCUGCAUGUGCCAUGCAAUUAAGAGAUUAUUUUGUGGAAUGGGUGUGCACCCAACUGUGCAUGAGCUUGAUGAAGAUCCACGAGGGGCAGAAAUGGAAAAAGCUCUUCAUAGACUUCUGGCUGGUAAUAGUUUUUAUUCUGGUUCUGGUUCUGGUUCUGGUUCUGGUUGUGGAGUUCCUGUUGUUUUUAUUGGUGGUAAGCUUAUUGGUGGUAUGGAUAGAGUUAUGGCUUCUCAUAUUAAUGCUUCUCUUGUUCCUCUUCUUAAACAAGCUGGCGCUCUUUGGCUCUGAAGUUAGCUAGCUAUGUUGCACGGAAACUUAUCGAGUUUUGCGUUUCUGCGUUUUAUUUUUAUUUAACGAAAAACGCUUUGAAACUUAAGAUAUUUAUAAUUUAUUUCUGUAAAAAAAUGUCGUUUUAACGUUUCUCGAUUUAGCGUGUUUCUGUAGUUUCCGUUUCCGUGCGACAUAGCUGCCUUUUAGUGUUUCUUUCUAAGAAUGAUACAAAAAUGAAAAAUGAUUUUAGAGUUAAAGCAAUGUGCAGAGGAAGAGGAGUGCUACUGGUUCCAUUAAUGUUUCAUUAGUGUUUCUGUUUUUUCUUUUUAAUUUGUAUUCUGUAAUGGCUCCCUCCUCUGUAUAGAAAAAGGAAUCUACUUACUUUAGUUAUUUUCUACUUAUUCUACUGAAUGAUUUUCUACUUAUUUUACUUUAUGCUA